AUGUCAAAAAAUAAAAAAUAUACAGUACGACUUGCAAACAAAGGGCAAAUAAACUCAAAUCUCUAUUACGGACCAUAUGCUCGAGAUUGGUGGAUUCCAAAUCUAAAAAUUGCAAAUAAUAGUGUUUUAAAUCUUCCUUUUCAUCUUUAUAUGAGUAUAAUAACUGAAUUGUUUGGAGACCAAACUGAGCAUUCGGGUUUAGCAGUAUUUGGGUUUUAUAAUGAAGAGAUUAUAUCAGAAAUACUUACUAAUAUUUCAUCUUCUAUACCUGGUCCUGGUUACACAUCAUCUUUAUUAACAUGCUGUAGUUCAGAGACUUACCUUAUUUUACAACAAGUUUUAGACAACUAUUGUAGUUUGCAAGUUUAUAAAGGUAGAAAUGAAGUACACCAAUAUGUUGGUGAAACACCAAUUGUCAUUUGGAAGAAGUAUGGAAUGCACCAAAAUAGGGAUCAUCUUGCACUUUUUAGAUUAAAAGAUCCAAAAGUUCAGGCAUUGUUGACAAAUAAAAAAGAAGAUAUAAUAUGUACAUCAUUUCAAUGGAACGACAUAUCAAUUUUACAACAAAUUUUUAAUCUGCACAUUAAAUGUAGAAAAAUUUCAAUGCCUAAGGAAGAUUGGCAUAUUCUUUUUACUAAAUGGAUCACACAACAAAGUACAAUAGUUCGGCUGCCACAUGUUUUACAUAGUGUAUAUCUACCUGGUUAUUCAUUUCAACACAAAAAACUAGCAGCCUGGCAUUCUAUGUUUCGAGCUUGUGGGUAUACAAAUAUUAUGCCCUAUUCCAAAGAAGAGUCUGAUUUCAAAUUUUGGAUGUAUGCUGUAGAUUCUAGGGCCGAUCGGCAAACUCUAAAAAACUUAUAUCAAUGGGAAUUAAUUCAGAUAAAAGAUCAAAAUUCUCUAUGUAAUAUUGCUACAAGUUGUCAAUUCUGGGAUAGUUUUCGCCAUGCACUAAAAAUUAAUAAAAGAGGGGCUGGUAGAAAAAUUCGAAUACUAUCUAUUAUCGCAUCUUACUUUGAUUAUCAGGUUCUUAAAAGAGAAUUAGGAGUAACAUCAAAAACUAUAUGCAAAGCCAGAAAACAUUCUCGUCUCUAUAGUGUUGGUGCACCACCAAUGGAAAUGCCAAAAAAAACAACCAAAUUAAUGGCCAAAUUUAAAGAAAGACAGUUCAAAAUAUUUUUUUCCGAUAAAGAUAAUGUUACAAUGAGUUCCUACAAGACAGACCCGAAAACUAACUUGUCUAUCCUUUAUUUACGUGAUAACAAGGCUUUACUUUGGAAAAAGUUUCAACAAACCUUUCCCAAUGAGAUGAAAAAAAUCUCUUUCAUGAGCUGCAUUGCAAAUUAUACACAUCUAAAAUAUCAGAGCGAUUUGGAAUUUAAUGCAUCUCUUAUUCGUCCAAAACCCAUAGUUUCGGCACACACAAAACCCAUAUCUAAUUGGACUAUACCAAUCCUAACAAUAAAAGUUCCUUCGAAUAACGUAAUAAGUGAAGAUAUCGAAAUGGAAGACGUUAUAAAUUUCAAUGAUGAGGAGGAUUAUUCUGAGAUGGAUAUUGAAGAGGACCAUGUGCCCAAAGUAACCACAAUCCAAAACUGGAUUGGUCGUUAUUCUAGGGAAUUUAAUCAACAAGGAACAUCCAUCGUACUUGAAACUUUUAAAGCAAUGAGUUCUCCAAAUGAAGAAAACUA